CGGAGCGGUGCCGCGGGGCAUGGCCCUGGCCCCGGCCCCGGGCGGCCCCCCGCCUGGGGGCACCUCGGCGGGGGAGAUGGAGCGCUACUACUGCCUGCUGCGGGCCGCCGCGCUGCUGGAGGCCGCCGCCGCCGAAACCGCAAUACCCAUCUGUGCAAAGGACAUCAGUGAUGACCUGAUGAAAGAGUUUGCUUUUCUUUCUGGUGGCCGAGGGAAAGACAAGGCUUGGAUUAUCACCCUUCCUGAUAACGCUCGCUUCAACGAGGUGCCCGAGGAGAUCGUAUCUAAAGUCUUAACAUACCUAACAUCAGUCCCGAGUCGACAUGAGUCCGACACCAAAUUUAUCCUAAUCCUGGAUAGAAGAUUGGACACAUGGGCGUCGGUCAAACUGACUCUCCAAAAAAUAGCAGCGUCUUUCCCAGGGAACCUGCACUUAGUGAUGGUUCUUCGUCCCACGGGGUUUUUCCAGCGCACCUUCACUGACAUUGGAUUUCGGUUCAGUCAGGAGGAUUUUCUGCUCAAGUUACCGGUUGUUAUGCUGAGCUCGGUUAGCGACCUGCUGACAUACAUUGAUGAACAACAAUUAACCCCGGAGUUUGGAGGCACCCUGGAGUACUGCCACAGCGAGUGGGUCAUCUUCAGGACUGCGAUAGAGAGUUUUGCACUAACCGUGAAGGAAAUUGCACAGAUGUUACAGUCCUUUGGCACGGAGCUGGCAGAGACCGAGCUACCGGACGACAUGUAUUCAAUUGAGCGCAUCCUGGCCCUGCGCACGGAAAAGUACUACCAGCUCAAGGAAGAUAUUACAGCAGUCACAAAAGAGGGAAACUUGCUUCUGAGCAGUUUUGAAGAGCCUGACCCUGGGGAAUGCAGUCAGGACCAGCACCACGAGAGGCCUGGGGACUGGGAGACUGUCCACCGGUUACUUGGCCAGCUGCAUGAGAUGGAGACUGCUUUUGAUGGCUUCUGGGAGAAACAUCAGUUAAAAAUGGAGCAAUAUUUACAGCUGUGGAAGUUUGAGCAAAGUUUUCAAGAGGUCAAGAAUGCCAUUGAAUUUUUAAAGGGUCAGCAAGCGGAGCUGCCCGACACUGGCGACAGUGUCCCCCAAGUAAAACAGAGGCUCAAGGACCUGGGUCAUUUCGAUGGUAUGGCUCAGGAUCUGAUAGGGAAGGCUCAGGUGGUGAUACUACACGGACACCAGCUAGCAGCAAACCAUCACUAUGCACUCAACUUAAUCUGCCAGCAAUGCAACGAGCUGCGGCACCAUUCUGAUGUCUUGUCUGACGAGAUCAAAAGGAAGCAGUUGCGACUGCAGAAGACCUUGGAUCUUCAUACCCGCCUUCAGCAGGCUCUGCAGUGCUGUGACGAAGGUGCCUACCUGCUCGCCAACCAGCAGAUGGAUAAGUGCCAGUCUAAAGAAGGCGCUCAGAAAGCUCUCCAGGACAUAGAAAGAUUUCUUGAAAGCUCUUCAGCCUACUUAAACUAUGAUCCCCAAGCCCUACGCUAUGAUUUUGAGUCAGUCUUAACACCUGACCUGAAGUGCCAGAUACAGUCAGUGCAGGUCAAGCUUGAAAACGUUCGAAGCAUGUUUGAGAAUCGGCAAUCUUGCUUCAAGAAGCUGUUGGAUAAACACGUGCGACCUGUCCAGUUAGUAGCCCCUCGGCCAGAAAAUCCACCGAGAUCAAAAUCGCCAUUGUUCUCUCCUAAACAUGGUGUGGAUUUUAAUUCCAGUUUGAAAUUUUCAUUUGAUCUCUCUCUUCCUGGGAAGAAAACGUCAAGAAAAACUCCAAGUUCUCGCAAGAUUGAAGUAAUGCAUGACUAUCAGGAAAAACGGAAUUCCUUGCAGUAUUUUAUUUCAGACAGUGAUGACAACUUAGAUAUACUAAAAGGCCAUGUCAUCAAUGAGCUUAUAGAAACUGAGAGAGUGUACGUAGAGGAACUCUUCACUGUUUUGACGGGCUACAGAGCUGAGAUGGAUAACCCUGCCAUGCUCAUCCUCAUGCCUCCCGUGCUGAGGAACAGGAAGGACGUCCUCUUCGGAAACAUGCCCGAGAUAUACGACUUCCACAACAAAAUUUUCCUGCACAGUUUGGAAAGCUGCCUGGGAGCACCCGAGAGAGUGGGAUUUUGUUUCCUAGACAGGCGAGAGGAUUUCCAGAUGUAUGAGAAAUACUGCCAGAACAAGCCCCGGUCGGAGUCCCUGUGGAGGCAGUGCUCUGAAAGCACCUUCUUCCAGGAAUGCCAAAGAAAAUUAGAGCACAAACUCGGGCUGGAUUCCUAUUUGCUCAAACCAGUGCAGCGCCUGACAAAAUACCAGUUACUUCUGAAGGAGCUGCUAAAGUACAGCACGAGCUGUGAUGGAGUUCAGGAACUUCAGGAAGCUCUGGUUGCGAUGUUGGAUUUGCUAAAGUCAGUCAAUGACUCUAUGCAUCAGAUUUCAAUAACAGGAUAUGAUGGUGACCUGAGCGAACUGGGGAAGGUAUUGAUGCAAGGAUCUUUCAGUGUUUGGACAGGACACCGAAAAGGUCCGACAAAAAUGAAGGAUCUUGCCAGGUUCAAGCCAAUGCAGAGGCAUCUGUUCCUGUACGAGAAAGCCUUGGUCUUCUGCAAGAAACGAGAGGAGCACGGAGACGGAUAUGACAAAACCUCAUCCUACAGUUUUAAGCAUUUUUUGAAAAUGAAUGCAGUUGGAAUAACUGAGAAUGUGAAAGGAGAUCAUCGGAAAUUUGAAAUCUGGUAUAGUGGGCGAGAAGAGGUCUAUGUCGUGCAGGCCCAAACGGUCGAUCUGAAGAUGGCAUGGUUGAAUGAAAUAAGAAAAAUUUUGUUCAAGCAGCAGGAGCUUAUAAAAGUGGAGAAGCAGCAGCCUGGCUCAUGCACAGACCAGCUCCCGCUCUCCUCCCAGCUGAGUGAUGGAAAGCAGCAGAGAGCCUCCGUAAGCUCAGAAGAGAAUGACUCGGAGCGCACCAGCCCAGUGAUGCUGGACAGUGGGCUCCCGUCCCCCCAGAACAAGCCCCACAGAAGCUGGCCGGGAAUGUCACAGUCCCUGGAAAUCUGCGAGGGGCUGGAGGAGUGGUCGGGUAACCAGUACCUCUCCAACUGCUCGGACACUGAAGAGGAGGACGGGAACCAGCUGUCUCCAGGAAGAUACAAAGCCCUUGCAGACUGCAAGAGGAGAGGAUCAGAGGACCUGCUGGUGAAAAACGGGGAUGAAAUUCAGCUUUUGCAUGAAGAUGGUGAGGGACAGUGGUUGGUGAAAAACCUAAACAGAAGAAAAGAAGGCUGGAUUCCUGUCCACAGUCUGCAGAUAGUAGUUGGUGACUGCAGAUUUCGGAAUGCCAAAGUCGCAGAUGCUGGCCUGUGUAACACGAGAAAGUUUAGUUCCCCUUGAAUUAAGGGUGAACUGGUAGCAUCCUAUUUUCGAUGCUCUUUGGAAGCUUUCAACUAAGUGUUACAGAGAAAUAGCACAAUAGUUGGAGUUGUCCUGUACUAUUCAUCACAUUCACAGACCUCCACAGCUUCAUCUGCGCUGAACAGGACUGGGGUCCUAAGCAGCUUCUCAUAGUCAUAAAGGAAGCCAUUCUCUGCUCUUUCUUUUGUUUCUCCUAUGGAAAGUACAGUAUUUUAUUAAUUUCACCUGCUGUUUUUCCAUGACAUCCAUCACGUUUCAUCAGAGAAGUACACUGCAGUUUCCUGACACUUUGUUUAGAUGCUUGAAAAUUCCUCUCCAGGUUGAAGGCUUUACCUACUUAUUAGCUGACAACUGUUGAAGUUGCAAAUAAAAGAGUUGAGUUUUGGUAAACCAAAAAAACCCAAACCAAAACCACAAUCCAACCAAAAAAAAAAAAAUCAAACAAAAAAACAAAGAAGCUGUAUGUCCUGCUUAAUUGAUUUUAUGGAUGGAUUUGUCUUAAAUACCUACUUCAGCUAUGUGAAUGUAAUGUUCUGUAAGAGCAUUACCUGGCUGACUCACAUGCGGAGAUGCAAUAACGUUAAAGAUCCUCUUUUUGCACUUAGGGUCUGACUGCAGCCCGUGGCGGUCAGUCCCGUUGAUUUCAGUGAGGUUUGGAUCAGGUCAAACUGACAACUCAGGGUUGUCGCUCAUCACUUAGGGUCCCAAAGCGUCCCGAGGCUGAAACCUGUAUCUAGCAAGUGUUGAAGUUUACAUUAAAUGUAUGUACUUUUGGAACAUGUGCCAUAAAUCAAAGUUAAAUGUCCAUGUUUGCACUAAGGAUGUUCUUGUGAUAAGACUGUACUUUUCAGCAUCUUUAACAAUAAUGUAUCUAUUGAAUUUUUGAGAAAGAAAAGAGAACACUGAACACUCAUAAUUUAAUUUUGUGUUUCUUUGUCUAGUUUUGCUUUUGUAGAGCAUAGGUACAGGUGGUUUGACUUUUAAGAAGAUGUGUGCAAAGAGCAUCUGACUGUGUUGAGAGCAGGGUUACUAGUGUUAUGCAUGCGGUAAUGAAUUUGCUCUGUCCCGUCAAAAUGAAAUGUUUUAUACUGUGGACUAAAGGGGGACCUUGAUGAUCUGACUUCGAUUUGUGAACCGUGGAUUCUUAGACACAGUCCCAAGUUGUUCAGUUAAAACAUACCGGGGUUUGGGGGAUGUUUUUUGGUGGCCAUUUUUGUAUGGAGGGGUUGUCGAACCUGCUUGGUGGCUGUGGUUGCCUGGGGGGGUUCCCCAGCAUGCUGGCACGCAGUGAUGGGCACUUCUCCAGUUCAGGUGGCCGGUAUUGUGGGUAACCCCCCUCCGUACAUCCUCAAAAGCGUGACCAGCUGCGUCUGAACUGAGCAACACUGCAAGACCUAGAAGGAUCCCAGUAUUCUUCAGCCACCAGCAAUCACAGCAGAGGGGUUUUAAGUCACUGAAGAUUAUUUCAGUCUAAUUCAAAAUUGGCCACAGUGCAUUUGCCAGGUGGAAGAAUAGGAGUGUCUUAAGUUACUGUCGGGGCUGUUUAUAGUGGUAACAAUUAUUGUGGUAACAGUACACGUUUUGAGGUACAACUGUAAAUAUUUGUCUCAAACAUAGCACACAUUGCAUAUUAAAUGGUUUUAAUCUUUUUUGUCUUCCAUAGUUUUAAAUCUAAGCUUUUAUUAAUUUAUGAGGUUGAUAAGUUCUGCAAAUCUGAAUGUACAGUCUGAGAUUUUUAACAUUUGAAACUUUGCACACGACAUGGUAUGUUACCUUAAGUAUGCUGUUGAACUAGGCUCUUAAUGUAUAUGUAUAAAUUACGGUAGAGAAUUUUCUCUGACUGCAAGUUUAAAUGAAUUAUAUUGUAUAUGUACCUGUAAAAAAAGUGUUAAAUCUAUAUUUAAAGAUUAAAAACUUGUUAAAUAAAUUCAUAUGGGAAUACGCAAUUCUGUCCAAAGACACCUCUGCUUUAACUAGAGAAAAAUAUAAUUCUCACAGUGUUCGUUUUAUUUUAUUUCUUUAGAACAAAUAUAACCUUCUUACAUGCAUUUUGAUUUUAAAAUAAGCAGCGGCAGAUGAUCCAGUUAGCUUCUUGCUAAUCACAGCGGCAAUGAAAUUGGGAGAGGCACCGUAGCACUCAUACCAAUGUCUGAAAUAGCAGCUAUUGAAACCCUGCCCCGGCUGGGGGUGUCUCCAUCACCAGCCUCCCCUGCAUCCCAGCAUGGGGCCGGAGGCACCUCUGGGCUGGGGGCCAUGGGGCCGUACUCAUGGGUGGGUGCACGGGGUCUGUGCUGGGAACAACAGCCCUUGUGCAGGUGGCGUGGGGGGAGAGGUGGUCUUGGGGGCAUAUCCCACCAGGCGGGAGGAGGAGAACCCCUGUCAGUGGGGUUCUGCCUCUGGGGGUGUGCUGUGGUCCUGUGCGUGGUGCCUGCAGCCUGUGCCCAAGCUGCCUGUGCCAGGCACCACGGCGUGGUUCCCAAAGGACACGCUGUUUCCCCAUGCACCCCUGGAGUUUUCUGUGGAAGGAGAUACGAGGCGAACCAGCACUGAUCAGAGGUAAACCUCCUGUCCUUUGGAAUUUUUCCCUUCCUUUGAAAUUGGGAACUAAAUUAAGCCCACUUGAAUCAGCCCGACAGAGGACCUCUGCCCCAAGAUGCCCAAGAUCCCCAAGAUGCCACCCCCCUGUCCCUGUGCUUUGGUGCCAGUGCCCACCCUGGGCACGGGGCAGGCACCCCCAACAAGAUUUGUGCCACCUGCUCGGACUGGGGUGUCCCAUGCUGUCUGUAGUCCGGGGACAGCCCACAAGGUCGUCUGGGAAGGGCGAUGCGCUGCCUCCAUCACCACCAGCCACGUCUGUGGCUGCAGCCUCUAAUAUAACACGGUUAAUACAGAGACCAGGGCAGGUAAUGAGCACUAAGCAGUUCUCUUUAUAAUCCAAACAGGGAUCAGCAGAAAUCAUUAGUGUAAAGCCUGCUACUACCUUUAGGUGAGUUUUAUACAGAUUUUAGGUCAUUUAUACAGCCAAUUUUGUGCCAUCCUUAAGCAGAGGAGCAUUUCCUGCUGCCCAUGAUCCAUCCCAGCCCGGCUCACGUGAAGACGCCUGGAUGAGAGCACUGGGGGUGCAAUGCUCGGCGUGCUCACCUCCCUCCUGCGCUUCUGCUGCAGAGGCUGCAGCUGGAUGCCGGUGCCCAAGGCACCCAGCGCCUGCUGGGCUCCCCUCGCCUGUGGUGCUGUGCAGCAGCCGUGGGCAAUGCUGGUGGCACGCUGGCCCAGGCCAUGUGUGAACCAUGCC